GCAUCCUAAUGAGAUUCACGUAAGAGACCCGGAUAAACAAUGUGACAGAUGAAAACUAACAGCUGCUCGUUGUAAAUAGCCUAUUAGAUAAUGUUACACGUUUCCCCAAGCUCUGAAAACAAUUGAAUUAUUAAUUGCAAUAGUUUAUCCAAGAUGAUGGAAGAAACUACUAUACCAGCCAAUGAUCCAGAGGAUUAUGAUUAUGACAGUUUUGAUGAGCAGUUGGAUGACCGUCCCACAGAGAGAUGGGCCCCUCUAGGACAAGCAACAAGCCCAGCCCCAUCUAGAAUGGAAGUAGACCACGAGGGCCACACUGAAGAGCUAGAACGACUGGAGAAGGAACAGGAACAGCUGAACUCUUCCCUUCUGGCCCUCACUACACAUUUCGCCCAAGUACAGUUUAGACUGAAACAAAUAGUCAAUGCAGAAGAUGACCAUAAGGAGGAUUUAUUGAAGGAGUUGGAAGAAUUUGCUUUUAAAGGAAUCCCAGAUGUUCGGGGCAGCAGAGUGCAGGAUGCACAAAUCUUGGAAGAAAUGAGUGACAAAGAGCAUGAAGAGAAAAUAAACGAACAAAGAGAGAAACAAAGGGAAUUAAUCCAGCAGCUGAAAUCACAGUUAGAGGACUUAGAAAAUUAUGCUUAUGAGACAGGGGAUGUUGAAGAAUUGCCCACCAAUAAAAUGAUGGAGAAACAGAGGGUUGUUAUAGAUGAAUUAAAGACCAAACUGGACCUUAACAUGGAUGAUUUUAACAAACUCAGCACAGAAGAUUUGAAAAAUGUGGUGGAUCAUGCAAUAGGACAGAUUGUUAACCCUGCCAAGGUGAAAGAAAAGCUUGUAGAUCAGCUUAGAACUCAGGUGGUGGAUUUAGAGAGGUUUAUUUCAUUCCUUCAAGGGGAAGCCAGCAGCCCAGGGCCUCUAGGAAAAGUGAGAUGUACCUGUCCAGUGCAUAAGUUUCCAGACGACAGUUCAGAUACCUCCAAAGAUUGUUGCACAGGAAUACCCCACAACCAGAAUCAUCGACUAAAGGAGAAAGAAGAUCGGCAAAACAAUGUUAAAGAUACUCAGGCCUUUGUCAAGAAGACUCUAGCAAUACUACAGAUGUUCAUCAUUACACAGUUUGGAUGUGGGACAGGGGAAUUCAAGCGGAACAUGAUGAAGAAGACACCUAAAGGAAAUCACUGGGGGGACCUAAGGGCUAGGUUAGAAUUAGCUAUUAACAAAACUCUAGAACUGGCGCAGAAACAGGAGGAGGAACCGAAAGAGGACCAGAGUGAAUAUGGCAGUGACUCAGAGGAGGGUCAAGAACAGAGUAGCCCAGCUCUCACUCAGUGUGUGAGGAAAGACCUAGCCAUGGCUAUCCGAGAUCUGAUGCAGCAUGGUCUCAUGGAGGUUGGACAGAGUAAGAGUAUGGUGCCCUUUGGCUGUAUCCCAAACAGAUCGGCGGCCAUCACACAAUCCUUGCAUGCGUGGGAUUUACUGCUGAAGUUCUAUGAAAUGAAACAUGGGAGACAGUAUAACGAAUCCCCUGCCAGGAAGUUAUCCCAGUCUUUUCACCUAGAAAUGGUCGGAGGGAAACCCAUUACAACCAAGCAGACAUUACUGGGGGCCAUAAACACAGUUAUCUCCUCACACACUCCUCUAAAACGUUCAGAAGACUCACAUUUUAAAGCUUUCAUCUCCUCAGCUCUGAAUGAGAAGAAGAUAGUGGUGUGGUUCAAGUUACUCUUUCGCACCCAGACAUUAAUUGACAACUACUAUCAGGAUUGGAGCUAUGUAGCACGAACAGGUUUCGAUGAUGCUUUAAAGUCUCUUGACAAGCUGAACAGCAUUCCUUUCAAACUUCCUGUUGACCUUGCUGUGCGACCUUUCAGUAACAUCAAAGAUGCAUUCUGACCUACUUACAACUCACAUCAUGUAUCUAGUUGAUUUUACAUUUGAAAUUGGAUUUUCUAUCCAAAAUUCCCCAAAAGGAUUACUACUUAGUUUACCGUUAGGGUCAUUUAUCAGGAAUUGUGUCAUUGGGGCAAAUUUUGUCACUUAUGUACACAUUUUCUUGGUAUUGCAUAUAUUUACAUUUACUACAACUAUCAUAAACACCAUACAAUUUAGUAUAUGUAGAUAUCUUGUAUACACAGCAUGAUGCAAAAAUCUUUCAAUGGUAUCAUUUUUUCAAGCAAUUCCCUCGUGAAAUACUGCCUGAUGGGUCAAAGUCAAAUUUACACAUCAGAAAUACACACAACUCUUUAAAAUGUAAUAUAAGAAAUAUCUCUUUAGAACCAUGACAAUUUGAUGCAUAUCUGUAUCAUCUUGUUCACCAUUAAAUGUGCAGUCUCUCACACAUGCUCAAAUCUUAGUCCAUUUAAUAUACGACACCGUAAAACUUUAAACACCACCAAUUUAAGAUAUAACAUGAUAAAACUUAACAACACUGUCCAACUUAUGAUUAUUUUACAAGUAAGCUUUAUAUUGGAAUUAAAUGUUCCAUUGCAAAAUUUGUAUUUGUCGUGGAGUUUUUAUUCAUAUCUUCACGAUACAUAAAUAUCACCUUUGACAGAUCUUCAAAUGCUUCCCUGCAUUGAAAUAAAAUUCAUUUCAUUUUGUCAGUAACAUAAAGUUCACAUUCCAAAACUAACAGUUCUGAAGUAAAUUUUAUGAACUCUUAAAGAGGUAACAAUAAAUUCUACAUCUUUUAACUCAUCAAAUUAUAUAGAUAUAUAUCUACAGUGUAUGUUGUAAAUAUAUUUAUAUAUUAAAUGAGUUUAUAUAAAACUAUAGUAAUAUUAGAUAUGAUUUUCGUGCAAUAGAUUAUAUAUAUAUUGGCCAAGUCAAGAAUCUCUUAAGAGAUUGGAUUACUGAAUAAAUCCAUCUGAAGUCCAGCAUUAUACGGUAUAUAUACAACAAAACACGGGUUUAUUUGGACUUUAUAUUCUUAUUUAUAGCAAUUGAAUCUCUCUCUCUGUCUCUUCAUAGAAAAUGUUUACCGGUAAAGCCGGCAUGUCUACAUAAAAGGAACUUUGAACAUGCAUAUACUGAUUUAUCACCAAUGCAUUCCAUUCAAUAAUACAUUCCUUGAUUUAUCCAUUGGCAAUUUAUUCUGUCAUUUAUUUUAGUGAAAUACAUAUAUCUAUCUACUAUUUUUUACAUUUAUCCCUAAAAGAAAUCCAUUUUUGUGUAUCUAACUCUACAACUUUUUUCUGUUUUACAUUCUUUGUUAUUUGUUAUUUUGAUAAAAGUUAAAUGUGAUUUGCUCAUUUGAAAUCCUUUGUUCGAUCACAGGAACGUCCAAUUAUGUAUUGUUUUUGUUAAUACAGCGAUUUAUUUUUCGCUGUUAUGAUGGUUGUGUUAAAAAUACUGUAUCUAUUUGUUGUGCAAUAGUAUUUAUUAUGAAAUCCAUUUACCGCUAUCAUGUACAUACAGUACUUUUCUCUAAUAUUAUGUCUUUAUCAAGAGCCUAAAUUCAUUAAAAAAAAAAUGUAAAUAUAUAGUACAUGUAUUAGUAUUUGUAGUAUUGUUGGAAAUGGGAUGUACAUGCGGAAAUAUUCCUCAAUAGAGUACAUUAGUUUGCAAAUGAAACCUAUAUGGAAAUAUGCUAAAAUUUGAAGAAGAAAAAAGUAUAGCUUGUUGAUUGUAAGCCAUGAUAAUUUGUUGAAGUCUAGAUUUUCAUAAUAGAUAAAUAUUUUCAUUGUAAUGAAAUCCAGAAGUUUUGUGCAAUAUUUCAAAAAAUUGUGAAGAAAGUAUACAUUUUUACUUAUUUGGUACAAAGGCACUUGACACACCUUUACACAGCAUAAAAUACAUGCAUCUUUGGAAAGUGCAUAGGCUCAUCAAGUGCCUGUGGUUUUAUUGUCAACUGAUUUCAAAUAUUAUCACUAGCAAAGUUCUACCAAUGAUAAUUAUACCUGGCAUUUUAAAUAUAGUGCAUUGUUAAGGCAUUGUUGUAUAUUGAAAUAAAUCUAUUUUGGAUGUUGCAGUCA